ACAUACAUACACAAUUUUGCUUGUAUAAUGCAUGUCUAGCUCUAUUGCAAAGAUCACCUGGAAAAAUAGGUUGUUAACUUGGUUUUAGCCAAGUUAAUCUCAUUUUUUCACACGGUAGCAUCCAAUGAUCCAAAAGAGCAUGUUUUAUGGCCUGGAUGGUAAUAGUAUCAUUGCCCUCUUCUUCCUAUCGGACGGUCUCGGUUAUCUUUACUCAGGAAGUCAGCAUAAACAGGCGGUCUAAUUUUGUCUCCCUGGGAAAUGUGAGAAGACGCGAACUCCGCGGAAUUAUAAUUGUGUUUUUAAAGUAUUAGGAAAACGGAAACCUCCAGCUGAUAUUCCUUUCGCGUCAGAUCAUGCGGUCCGAUAUAACUAGGUAUUUCCGCACAGGAACUGGCAUCGGUGUGUGGCUGUGUGAGAACGGUGUGGAUUGUGGGUUAGGAUAAGUUGUGUUUCGAAGGAGGUGAGUGUCAUUUGCUCUGUCUGCUCUGGGAAGAUUUAAUGGAGGAUGGAAUUCAGAUUUUAGUAGCAAAUUCGAUUGCAGUAUGUAGCGUGUAGAAGAGCAGCGGCGACCUAGAAGGCUCUCAUGGACAAUGGUGAAGGCAGAGUCCAUCUCCUGCUAAGGCAGGGAAGAUCUCAUACGGCAUGGAUCUUCAAGAAGGGACUCUUGGAUGUUGAAGGCAACCAAGCAUUUGCACUUGGAGAUUCUUGAAUUCAUCUGUGAAAAUAAACAUUAAAACAUGGACGGUCACAUCAGGAUCCAAAGCUGUCAGAAGAAUCCUAGGGGACCAAUGAAAAAGACCUUCAAUGAAUCUUCCCUCUCUCCUAUGAUGCCGUUGUUACAAAGUCAAAAACCGUUGUGUACCAUAUCAACACAAGAUCUGUCCAAAAAAGAUGAACAUUUCAAAGAGGUCACGUUUCUCUGUUUUGCUAAUGACACCGCUAUUCCACCUAAGGAACUGGCUACCGUCUCUGUGGGCCUUCCAGAUGUUCUGAAAUCAAGCCACUGGUGCAGCUUGCAUGACCAGGAAGCACUUCUGCUAAAGGAUAUUUGUAAACCGGCAGAGACAAGUGACGGCCUCAGACAAAAGAAUUGCAUUUCACGAGUGCUGUGCGUGAUGAGAUUGUCUUCUUCGUUUCCAAGGCUGAGAGGAGACGCUGUAUUAACUCUGCUGAGCAAGUACACCGCCGCCAUAAGAUGUAGUGAGGAGAUGCACUCAUUGCAAAAACAGGCGCUGGACUCGACCCACACCGAGAACGAUGACACAAAUCAGUCCGUGUCCUCCAUCGAAGAUGAUUUCGUGACCGCCUUAGAACAUUUAGAGGAAGAUGACCCAGCAAAAACUAUCCCUAUCGAACCUGACAAGAGUCAAGAGGCUUCUCCGAAGUCCACCUUUGGUCAUUCUUUCAAAUCUAACGAUCAAAAGUCCUUCAUCAGUUCUCUGUGUCGGAGGCCAUCGGUCAAAUCCUCCAUCUCCUUGGUGAACAUCUUAGAACUUGAAGAAUUGUCAUCUUCUGUCAGAAAUUCGGUCUCCACUUCCAUUUCUGAUCCUUGGAUACAGAGAAACUUUUUCAGAUCCCACAGUUCUUCGGAUCGCGGGGUUAAUUUUUUGCACAAAACCUUAUUUUCUUCCUCUCCGGCCGAUUCCUCUGAGUCAGACUGUUCUAGUCCAAGCCCUGUCAUUUUCUUGGAUGAAGAAGGGUAUCAAAAAAGCUUGAAGGCAAAACUUCAGCUGCCGAAAAUACCAGUAGGGAAAGAUGGAGUAGAAGAUUCCGACUCGGAAGUCAGCGAGUUUUUUGAUAGUUUUGACCAAUUUGAUGAACACGAACAAACUCUGGAAAAUAGUUCUAAAGGUUCUAGAGAUCCCACCACCAUAACCCAUACGUCACAGAAAAGCAUCGUUUCAUGUCAGAAGUCCUGCUCCACCUCAACAUCAAUGAAUCCUCAAAAAUUCAAGUAUGAUCGUCCGGUUCUUCCAGCCAACGUAAGGAAGCCAACUCCUCGCAAACCAGAAUCUCCUUACAACAAUCUGUUGGAUGUCCCAGAUUCCCCCCGCCUGAUCAAAAACCCAACCGAUGAUCACGCAGCCUUAUUCAGCCCAAUCAGAUCUUCUGCUUUCAGUCCUCUGGGCAGCUGCUUUUCCACAGAAUGCCUCUGUCGAAUGAAUCGAGAUGCUUUCAGCCAGAACCACAACAUUGUCUAUCACACCUACUCAGAUUUUGCAAAUAACAUUUCUUUUGAAAUUCUGGGUUCUGUAUGUAAUGCUAGGCCACCUCCGUUGUGUAGAUGCACACAGGAGAUUAUCAGCCAGGGUAGAAUCGUCCCGGUAGAAGAAAAAGACCGGACGGCAAAAAUCCAAAGAGACAUAUCUAGAAAAGGACUUCAUAAGAAAGAGAAAUCCAAACACAAGUCGGGAGUGAUUAAAGAUCACAUCCAGAAAUUUGCUUCGGAGCUGGUGGAAACGAGUUUUGGAAGUGCGUUUAAAGAUCUCCAGAAGGGCGUUUCUUCGUGCACCAAUGCGUUGUGCCAGUUGGCUGCUAAGUUGACUUCUUCGGUCUUCCAGAUGGCCUUCUACGAGAUUGGGAGGCAGCAGGCUCUUCUGCUGAAGAAGAAAGCCAUUAGUGGUUUAGCAGGGUUUUUGGUCAGCGAAGCCGUCACCGGAGCUUUGAAAGAACUGUACUCGGUGAAGCAACAAAUGUUUACCAACACCGUUACCAAAUUUGCAGCAAACCUUGCCGAGGAGUUGAUAUUUGAGGGGAUAAUGGAGGUUUGUCAGUUUUCACAUCCGCCGACGCCCACGGGGUCUCAUCAGGGCUCCUUCCGUUAUAACGAUAACGUCGUUUGGUCCUAUGCAGAAGACUUGUCUGAAUCCGUCAUCCAGAAUGCUUUUAUUGAGUUAUCGCAGGCCGACGUGAGCUUCAUGUCGCAAGCUGCAAUCAGCGUUUCCACGGACAACGUAAAAUACGUAAGCAAGGAAAGGGUGCUGGAGUUAACCCACACAUCCAAUGGUUCUUCUGAGCUUUGUGAGAAAGUGCCGGUAGCCUUGAACCCAGUUUGGGAAUUUAGAAAGGAAGACACCAUUAACCGAGCCUUGUUCUACACAACGGGCAUUGCAAGUUCAAUUCCGGUGCCCUUAGCUGGAAGCAUCCUUUCUCACCAUCAGAUUUUAUGGAAGGAAGCCAAAGUCAAGAAUCCACUCUCCUUCUACAAAGGGUCGUCAGAAACGUGUUGUGCCACCAAAGGGAAUCGAAACGAAGUGUCCUCACUUAGAAAUAUCUACCUGACCACUGAUUUCACACAAGACAAUGAACAUAAUCCACCCGACCAGCCUGAGGCCAGCAAACUUGCAGAAAUAUCGAGCAUCAAUAACUUUUCUGGAACGAUGGUCGAUAUGAUCGUAUCGGAAGCCUACGAAGCCGUCACUUCUUCCCGGGUUUCUAAAUCGACAGAGCCGUACACAGGCGUGCUGCAAAUGAAAGAUGGCCCCUGUUUGCAGUGCAUCAGGAAAGACGCCUGCAAGAAUAUGUUUGCUAAUUAUUUGGCCAAACGGAUCGUAAAACAGUCUGUCGAUGAAACGAAAUCGGCGUGUUCGGCUACGGGUGAGAAAUUAGCCUACUGUGUUGGGCUGGGAACCCACUCCAGAAGCGAUAAGAAGGAAUCUCAGGGUGUGGCCAAACAAGGAGAAAAAAUGAAGAACAUCCCAGUUAUCGUGGGUCAACAGCAGAUGCCUUUAAACAACAUAUCGAAAUUUCACAUCUCUACCGCUGCUUCUAACCGAUGUUUGAUGUUGGGGUGUAAAGAUGGAGUUCAGGAAAGAAAGAACUGGGUGGCUUGCAAGCUAUCCACAAGUACAACCUCUCCUACGAUGGCAUUUGUCAAAUCUAAUGAGCAGGUUCCUGAUGUGGAAGACAGUUCAGCGAUACCUAUCAGUAAUUUACUUGAUAAACAGAGUGCAUCUAAAGCCACAGGAGGUUCUGCGUUUGCUCAUGAAAUAACUUUUUCGGAAAUAAAUAACUCUUCUGUGGUGCCCACGUGUGAAGACACAUUUCAUCUGGAAGAUAAAUUGAAUGUCAGAGACCAAAAUCUUCUCGUGGUACCAGAAACACCGCCUUCCACACCUUUAAUACCUUCUCAGUCAAGUUCAGAGUGGAAUUUAAGGAAAUUAACCAAAAAACUGAAAGGGGAAUUAGCAAAGGAGUUUGCACCUGCUACACCUCCUUCGACUCCUUACGUACCGGAAACAGAUGGAACAUAUACUCCAGAAUGUGAAAACUUAGAAAAGGAAGAGUUUAUGUUGAAAUUAAUGCGGUCUCUCUCUGAAGAAGUUGAAAACAAGGAGGUUGAAGAACAUUCCGAAACACUGGUAGAGCAAAUUCAACCUUCCGGACCGACAAUAGAUUACGCUGAUCAUCUCGCUACUCAUAUCAUCUCUAUGGCAACCGAACAAGCCGCAUCCCGUUUAGAAGAUAAAGCUACCCAGAUGGAGAAGAAGAGAUACUUGCAAGUAAGCACGGAAGACCAAAGAGUUGGGCAUUCCACAUUUGUUAACGUUCUGGAAAAAAACACACCCGCUUUGUGGAUUUAUGCUGGUGAAAUGGCUGGGAGGGUUAUCCGAGAAGCCAAGAAAAGGCUCAACUCAAGGCACUGUAAACUUCUGAGCCGCCGUCACAUUAAUUAUGAGGGCGAUUGCUUUCACCUGAAAAGACAUUAUCAAGAAUCUUGGUCCAAAGACAAAAGACCGAAGCCACGUUCUAGAGAACCAGAUGGUUGCAUUCUUCCUGUGCCCGUGAAUCCAGAAGCUUCGGGGCUCAACUCCAAAUAUCCCAGCUGCGAAAGCGUGACGGAUGAAUAUACCGACCACAUCAUUCGGGUUUUGAAACAGGAAGGUGGCCAAGGGGACCUCAUCAUGGAUAAUUUUGCCAGUAGGCUUGCUUACAAAACGGUGAGGUCUGGAAUGCAGCAAGCUGCCAGGAAACUCAGGGUGAAGCCAAGUCGAAAGGUUGCUCCAGAAAAGAGCUUCAAGCUAAACAGUAAGCUUGAGCUGUUCGAGGCAGCAAACCAGGACUUAGAUCAAAAGAAUCAGAAAAACGGCAUGAUGCUUCAUCUUGCGAAGCAACCUUGGAGGAGCAGAUGUCCCUUACAUGGGCCUGAACGUUCAAAGUUGCUUGACUUUUCGGAAUCUCUUGCUUGUACGAUUGCCUCGGAUGCCAGAAGGACGUUCAAGUCCACGACGAGUUUACCCAAAUCUUUAACGGAUUCUUGCUUGUACCAACCAUCGAGAGACGAUAAAGUCGCCGAUUUCAAAACAAUGUGGAGUCAAAGACUGUCUUCUUCCCGUUGUAAGCAAAAGCUGUAUCACAGCACGGAGAGUUUGAGGGACUCUACUUAUCAAGGGAACAUUUUACAAGCCGUAGACCAAUAUGCGAAGAAGAUCGUAGAUGAUACUUUAGAAGCAAGCUUAGGAUCAAGUACUCGGCAAGCUCCUGAAGGCUGGACCAAUGGAGAGAGCUUAACCUACGAAGAAAAAAUGAUCCCAUUUUCUAUAGCUGCUUGCAAACACUGCAAUUUGAAAGAACAUCAAACCUGCAUUGGCGGUUCACCUCUGGUGCUAGCUGGACGAGACCUUCCUUCGAACGUUAGACAGUCUUCAGAUGGGAGUGUAAGCAUCACCUUGCCUAAAUCUCAUGUGCUCCAUUUGGACAUUCCCAAAAUUCAUGUCGAUAUGGAGGAGAAGCUCCUAUUUGCUGAAAACCUUGCACCUGUCACAUUGGGUCGAGCAAGGAGGCAGCUCAGCAACACCAGUUUGACAGCGGAUAGCGGAAUCAGUCAAGAUGGAAUCAGUUUUGCCGAAAGUCUAACCACAGAAAUUAUGACUUCUUGCAUGACAAAUAUUGCUCCAGCCAUCAAUAUAAGCACCAUGGAAACGGAGGGACCGAAUUCUGCUGAAUCUGUGGUCAGCCAGCAAACUGGAGAUGAGAGCACCGGGAGCUGGUCGAACUUGAGUUUUGAUGAUGAACAUCUAGAGGAGAGCAGCAGCUUUCUCCACCUCAGCGAUAGUAAUGGUAACAGCAGUAGCUGGAGCAGUCUUGGUUUAGAAGGAGAUUUGUAUGAGGAGAAUUUGUCCUUUUCGACAUCCGACAGCGAUGGAGCAGAAGACAAGGAGGAAGAGCUUAAAGAUUCCAAGGAAGAGUUGAGGAAACCCUCCAAGGCUUUGGUCGUUGUGAAUGUGGACGUUGGACCAUGCAUGGUGGAUCCUCAGCUGAGAAUGACGCUGCAGUGGCUGAGUGCUUCGGAGGCAGAUGUGCCUGAGCUGUGUUUCCAUGAGGACACCCCCGGGGAGUUUGUUCUUCUUUCAAAGACCUUGCAGGAGAAAGGCUGGAGAGUGGGAGACCUUUUCCAGGCAGUUCUGAAAUACUGCGAAGCCAUGGAGAUGUCUACCGAUGGGGACAGAACCCUGGAAAGCAAAACCCUCUUUGGGUGGCUUCAGGAGAAUGUUUCUCCUUGAAUUCAACUCUUGAAUCCUCCUGGGGAAAAAAUGAAAAAGAGAGAGAGAGAGAAUGUGUGCUAACUAGCAAAUGUAACAUAAUUUGCGUUGUGAGGAGCUUUAAGUCGGAAGUCAAUAUUAAGCGUACUGUACUGUCAAGUGGCUUUGUGAAACUUUGUGUGCUUUUAAUCCCGUGUGUGGGGUCUGAGUGAGGGUCUCCACUUGUGUCCUCGUCGGUCUGCAACUCUCUUCUGUCGCAGCGAUGAGAAUAUUUUUCUUAUCUUUGAGUGAGGAUUCCUGCCCAGCUAGGACAAGGAAUGACAUAUCAUCUCCGUAUAGGUUCAUGUUUGUGUCUCUGUAAUUUUUGUCUUUGCAAUUUUUCCUUGCAAUCAGCUGCAGGUCAAAAAUUGGGAUUCAGUGGGUCCAGCGAUGGUCAGCUGCUGGCUUUUUUUGUUUUUCCCCUCUGAGGGCCUCGGGGCCUACAGAUUUGUCCACUCAUUUUCUUUGCUGCUUCUACCGACUUCAACCAAGUUCUGCUGAUGAAGCUGAAGAUGGGACCAAGUGACAUCAGAAUUGGGGUGAAGGAAAGGGUCAGGAUCAAAGUGUAGAAUUUAUUCUUUGCACCAAUCAAAAAACCCAAGUAUUCUUCAUUCCCAAAUGAAGGCCGUAAUUCUCAAUAUUGAGAACGUGGAUUGUAGAUUUAUGUUCUCCAUCACUAUAGUACUUUUAAUACGUCCAGAUAUUAGAUACUAAAAUAUUACAAUCCCUCCAGAAUACAUUUUUCCAUCCAUUUCUGUACUCUCUUCAUAGAACAAAGAGCCACAGAGAAGAUUAGAGUAGGCCAGUAGCCAAAAGGUUUCCUUCAGUAGUGAUUCUGGUUUAUAUACGAUGAUGUCAGGAAACAUAUUUAAUGUGGUGUCAUCGAAACAUUGUUCCCAAACCAAUGUUGUAUGCUUAUAGGUCUUCUUCUUUCCUUUAUGCAACUGCAUUCUGUUAAAUUUAGACUGCAGUAGAUAAGAAUCAUUGGCAGGAAAUAAUGAUUAUCAACCUUAACCACUUGAAGAUGCAUGGACUUCAAGUCCCAGCAUAGCUGGCUGGGGAAUUCUGGGAGUUGAAGUCCACGCAUCUUCAAGCGGUUAAGGUUGACAAACGCUGGCAUAAGACAUAUCAGCAUUACAUAAUCACGUCCGAGAAAUGAUCACGGAUCCAGGAGAUUCCUCCCUCUUGUGAAAUGGAUCACGUUGAACUAGUUUGUUCUGGAGGGAGUAGAAAAGAGGAAAGUACGUCUUCCUGAGAUCAUAUCACUGCAUCAUUCAUGGAGGGGAAAACCAACAUUUCAAGCUGGAGAAUACUGCUGUGGAGUUAUUGAUGCUGUCUAGGAAAUAGGCAAUUUCUCCAUCACCUUCUAGUAAGGGUGAAAAUGAGGACGGGAUAGGACAACUCCCACAGCCAGCUUGCUAUGGUCAGCUCACCACAGCCAACUCACUAUGGUCAACAUGCAACAGGACAACUUGCUGUGGGAAAAGUCAGCAAUUCAGUUUAGUUAUUUAAAAUAAUUUUAAUUUUUUGUCAUUCACAUUUAUUUUGUCCCUCCUUCAGCCUCCUUUCUUUAAUUAUUCUAUUCCACUAUGUCUUCAAUAUUAAUGUAACUCUUGUUCCAUGGCGAGUUGGCCACGGUGAGUUGGCCAUGGCAAAUUGUAGACCCAAAUGAAAAUGCUGCAGAAAAGCAGAAGCCCAUGAGCUAGCUAAAUAAACCUCUAGUCAACGGAGAAGAAGGGAGUAGCAGGUAGAAGGUAUCUCUGAAGAUUAAGGAGAUCUUCCAGGUUUCUUCACGGAGAUUGGUGUUGCAGAAGAAGAAUCCCUACAGAUUCCAAAGGCAGAAAGAGGUUGAAUUCAGUGCCCUAAUCCAGCCUUAACAGCAGGCCCAAAAGUUGAUGGUUGAAGUUGUGAGACCAUUAUAAGUUGUGGUCAACAGGCCUGGGACGGCUUGGUUCUGCUUUUCUUACGUGACUACUAUGGAAUGUGGAAUUUACCUGUCCUUCCAGGAAUAUCAAAAUACAUCUCUGAAUGCUGUUGUUUGCGUUGUUUGCUAUAGACGUUUCAGAUUUCCUCUGUACGGACAGCUGUCUUCUUCAGGAAUUGUAUCAUAUUCUGAAUGGCUCUUAGGUGUGUUUGAGUGUGCGCCUGUGUGAGUGCAAUGAGUGAAAGUCAACGUGAAGAUUUUCCACUGUAAUGACGACAGUUGGUGGUUAGAAAAUGGACGCAAUUAGAUAAUCGAGAUGUGAAUUUCAAGUUGCACUAAAGUUGUUGUUUUAGCAGUAACCUUAAAAUAAAUUGUAUAUAAGCAGA